AUGGUAGCAGAGCUGCUCGGGCCCGAACCUAGAAACUUCUCCGGGCAGCACGGCGCGGGCCACGGCGGCGGGCACUCCGAGCCGGCCGGCAGCUCCCUACGUCCCGGCUUUCCCCUUCCCCCCGCCGAUGCCGCGGGGCCCUCCCGCACGGGGGCAGAGCUCCGAGGGCCGGGGCCUCCGCCGACCGCCUCGGGAGCUCCGCGGGGUGACGGAGCGCUCCCCGCAGCCGGGCCGGCAAACCGGCGGAGGCCGCCGCCACCUCAGCGGCCCCCACGCCGCCGCGGCCCCCGCCCGCCGACGGCCGGCGUGCCCCAGCUCCCGCCCGGCCGCCGUUACCUUCCCGGUCACUCCUCCAUCGCGGCGGUGCCGGCUCCCGCCCCACAGCUCCGACGUCGCCACGAGCAUAGGGAGCGGGCCGGGCCGCGCAGGCCGCGCCGCCUCGGCUGGCGGCGGGAGGAGGAGAAGGAGGCGGCCCGGGGGAGGUGGCGCGGCCCAAGCGCGUCCGGGAAGGGAAGGGAAGGCGCCCCCGCCCCUCCGCCGCACCGCGGGACUACAGCUCCCAGCGUGCCCCGCGGUACCCCGGGACAGCCCUGGCGGCCUGAGCGCCCCGCGGCCCCUGGGAGCUGUAGUCCCGCCCCGCCCCCGCUGCGGAGGGCGAGCGACGCGUUGCAGCGCACCCGUGCGUGUCGUUCGUCGGGGCCGGGAGCGUGGAUCCGUGCCCCCUCCCUCCACGGGCGGAGGCAGCCUGCGGCCGCACGCCCGCCGCGCUCGGUGUCUGCCUCACGAGCGCCGUUACCGCAGUUACCCCGUUCUGAGAAUAACUCGAGAAAGGGCCCCGGGUCGUCGCCCCCUCGCCACGUAUGCGGGACGCAGCGGCGAGGCCGGCAACACCGGCGCGACAGGGACGGGGCCGCGCCCCGAGGGGCACCGACACGCUGCUGA